AUGAGUAACAAAGUGGUCUCGCAGGUGUAUCGAGGCAUCAUCGACGAUGUCAUCAACAACGUCCGCCAAGACUUUGAGGAGAUGGGCAUUGAAAAGGAGGUGCUAGAGGAGUUGCAACGAUCGUGGGAAGCCAAGAUCGUAGCGACGCAGGUGGCCGAAUUCGAAGGCGCACCUGCGCUUCCUCCGGCCAAGUCGCGGUCUAGCAAGAAGCAGGAGCCCAAGGCCGAGGUCAAGACCGAAGACGGCAACGGCGCCAACGGACAGAGCUCGAGUGGCAACGGUGCCGAUCAGCAUCGCUCCAAAGUUGCACGAGGCGAUGGUUCGACCGACGUAGCCGGUGGCCCCGAUCGAGGCGCCAACGAAGGCGCAGAUGAUGCUGCCAAGCAGGAGGGCGACGAUGCUGCGGCAGGUCAGAAGCGCAAGCGCAUCAGCGACGAUGACGAGAUCGGCAGCGACCUUGACGAUUCCGACGAUGAGGACGUUGACGGCGGCGCCGACGGUGACAACGACGACAUGGUGCUCUGCCUGUACGACAAGGUGCAGCGAGUCAAGAACAAGUGGAAGUGCGUGCUCAAGGACGGCGUCGCCUCCAUCGACGGCAGAGACUACCUCUUUGCCAAGUGCAACGGAGAGUUUGAGUGGUGA